AGCAUGAAGAAAGAGGAAGCGCUUACAACAUCUGGACUGGCCACAUGUGCCGCUAUAAGGAAUAAAAAUGAUGGAAUUGGAUUUGCCGGGACAGGAUAUAGACGAUAUCGAAGAUCUCAUAUCUGCCACUGACAUAAAACCGAAGGAACGCUAUCAGAACAAGAAGAGCGUUACAGUGCGCGUUAAAAGAAAACCUAAAAUAGAUGUUAACGCCGACGCAGAUACAGAGACGGCUGUGAAGGCAAAAACAAUACAUGAGAGCGUAAUUCCAGGCACCCAGAAGGUAUUUGUAAAGACAUGGGGUUGCGCGCACAACAACUCCGACUCGGAAUACAUGGCAGGCCAGCUGGCAGCUUAUGGCUAUAAUCUUACAGCCCGAAAAGAAGACGCCGACUUAUGGCUCCUGAACAGCUGCACAGUAAAAAACCCUUCAGAGGACACUUUUCGCAAUGAGAUCGAGUCAGGCAUGCGAAACGGUAAACAUGUCGUUGUAGCGGGCUGUGUGCCGCAGGGUGCGCCAAAGUCGGAUUACUUGCGCGGUCUUUCAGUGAUUGGUGUACAGCAGAUCGAUCGCGUUGUCGAGGUGGUGGAGGAGACACUGAAGGGCCAUAGUGUGAGGUUACUGCAAAGCAAGAAGGUGGAUGGGCGACGUGUGGCCGGCGCGCGAUUAGCGCUUCCGAAGGUGCGAAAAAAUCCGCUUAUUGAGAUCAUAUCGAUCAACAGCGGGUGUCUCAAUCAAUGCACCUACUGCAAGACAAAGCAUGCACGUGGCGACCUUGCGAGCUAUCCGCCUCCAGAAAUUGUGGAGCGUGCUCGGCAAUCGUUUGCCGAGGGUUGCUGUGAAAUUUGGUUAACAUCAGAGGAUACAGGUGCCUAUGGGCGCGAUAUUGGCAGCUCGUUGCCCGAACUGCUUUGGCAAUUAGUAGAAGUAAUACCGGAACAUUGUAUGCUGCGCGUGGGAAUGACAAAUCCACCGUACAUUCUGGAACAUCUCGAGGAGGUGGCCAAAGUGCUACAGCAUCCGCGAGUAUAUUCCUUUCUGCAUGUGCCGGUGCAGAGCGGCAGCGACCAUGUAUUGGGUGAGAUGAAGCGUGAAUAUUGCCGCAAAGACUUUGAGCACGUGGUCGACUUCCUGAGAGCCCGUGUACCGGGUCUGACCAUAGCUACAGACAUCAUUUGCGGCUUCCCCACUGAGACGGAGCAGGACUUCGAAGAAACAAUGACGCUGUGCGAAAAGUACCGCUUCCCCAGUCUUUUUAUCAAUCAAUUCUUUCCACGUCCCGGUACACCGGCUGCCAAAAUGGAGCGCAUACCCGCUAACCUGGUAAAAAAGCGCACCAAACGGUUAACCGAUCUCUUCUACAAAUACGAACCGUACGCUGGGCGAGAGGGGCAAGUGUACACAGUGCUAGUGACCGAAAUAUCGCACGACAAGCAGCACUAUGUGGGCCACAACAAAAGCUACGAACAGGUGCUGUUGCCCAUGCGUGAUAAUCUCCUGGGCACAGCGGUGCGAGUGCGCAUUACGGGAACUAGCAAGUUUAGCAUGAAUGCCGAGAUUCUGGACGAUGAGCAGGAGUGGACGCGUUGUGCAAAAAAACAGAUUGAUGAGAAAGAUGGAAUAGACGCUUCGUCCCUGCGCAAAGAGAGAUUGCUACAACGCUACGUGGGAAUAGCUCUGUUAAUUGGUAGUGUGGCCUUCCUGCUACAGUUGUUGAUCAAGAUUCUCUUAAGCAAAUAAACCGUACACAUGAUUUCGAAAUAUCUGAAUGUUGUAUAAUUUAA